AUGCCGGACUUCAACGCGCACGGUCUCAAUCCAACCUGGGCCGAGCCGGAGGCAGAGCGGGUGCAGACAUUCUUUGACAACUUGUCGGAGAGGGCGGAGGAGGCGGCACUUGCCAAGGAGGCUGGCAGCAUCGGCGCCAUGGAGGACGAGGCCGACACGGCCGCAGAAGAGAAAGAGCUUGCCGAGUGGGCGGGGUCUGCCGGGGAAGCCAGCAGCGCCAGCACCGGGGCCUGCCUUGUCGAAGACGUGGCCGAGGAGUCGGCCGAAGAGGAGGCCGAGGCGGAUGACUCCUCAGCCCAGGGGAGGAAAUGCGUCCUGCGGCGGGCUAGCUCUGGCGAGCCGGUUCGGCCCGACAGGACCACGCAGCAGCAGCUGGCCCAGGCGCAGCCCGCCGACUUCGACCUUGGGUCCUUCAGCCCGAAGAGGAAGAGGAGGCCAGAGGAGGAGGACGAGGACACGGAGACGCUGGCCCAGAGGGCGGCAAAGAGGGCCAAGGCUUCUAUGGGUGACAAGCCCCCGGCGAGCACUCUGCGCACGCCGGUGGUGGUGGAGGAAGACAUCAACGUCAACAUCGAGGAGGUCGCCAAGGAUGCCGAAGCCGAGGCCGCCAAGAUCGCGGCUGGGGAAGCUGCCAAGUCUGCCGCGGAGGAGGCCGCCAAGGGGCUUGCCGGGGAGGCCGGCGAGGCCGCUACCGGGGAGGCCAGCAAGGGGCCUGCCAGGGAGUCCAGCGAGGCCGCUGCCGAGGAGGCGCUCCACCGUGCCCGCCAAGACAAAGUGAAAUCCAGGAUGGCGGCGGUGGACAAGGCAGAGGCGGAUUUUGAGGAGCGCAUCGCUCAGACGCAUGUCUUGUUUGGCAAGGCCCGGGAGGAACUAAGGACUGCCCAGGGUGAGCUGGAUGAGCGCAAGCGAGAGCUCAUCCUGAAGCAGGCUGAUAUCGAGAAGGCCUAG